CGGCACACACACCUUCUUCGUCCCCUUCACCCCCUGCCGCUAGCCUCUCCCUCCCCUCGGUCGUAGCCAUGGAGACCACUUCCCCUGCCUCUUCACCUGGGCACACCUCCCUCCCAGCUGCUGCAGGUAGGACUAAGUAGUAAAUAGCCAUAUACAUAGGUUGAGUGGAUCGUUAAGAGACGGUAGCCAUAUACAUAGGAGUACUGGAUAGUAUACAAGAACGGUAGAUACAGGGCAGGGGACAUGAUGCUGGGAAAGAGAUCUGGGCGCCCGUCGCCGGCGGCGCGGCAGCACAUGCGGCGGACCACGAGCAUGACGGAGUUCGCGGCACCGCACGUGCUGGUAGACGUCGCGGAGGAGGAGGAGGACGAGGAGCUGCAGCUGCUGCCGGCGCACGCCGAGGCCACAGGGGAGGCGGCCGAGCAGGAGGACCCCUACGGGUGGGCCAUCGGCGGCGCCGCGGCGGCCGGGCGCGCGGACUGGCUGGCGGCGUACCGCGCCCGCGCGGCGCCGGCACUGGCGGGGCUACGCCGGAACUCGGCCGACUUCUCGGCUGCCGAGACCGCCGCGUUCCUCCGCGCCUGCGGGCUCUGCAACCGCCGCCUCGGACCCGGCCGCGACACCUUCAUGUACAGGGGCGACACGGCGUUCUGCAGCCUCGAGUGCCGGCAGCAGCACAUCACGAUCGAGGAGUGGAAGGAGAAGUGCGCGCUCGCCACGCCGCCGACGGCGCCGGCGUCCGACCCGGUGGUGCCGCUGCCGCCCAGCGGCGCGGGCUCCGACAAACCAGGCACGCUCGCCGCCGCAUCCUGAUUAGUCAUGAGGGAGGGGGUCGGAGGCGAUCGAUGAUCCGACUCCGGCUAAGCUAGCAGCUCUGGCCUCGCCACCACACACAUCACAUGCAUAUUAUCUAUCUUUCUAUAUAUGUAAUAUGCUCAGAUCACUCUUGCUAUGUUCAUCUGCGUGCUCCAAUCAUAUCAUUCUUUUUCAUGGAUCGGAUGUAUCAUGUAUCUAGCUGCUAGACUAUGCUGAAAUGCAUGCAUGCUUUUCGUCCAUGGUGCAUGCAUCCAACAAUGAACUAUGGAUCGCACGCAUCACGGGACGGGAGAGACGAGGCGAUUUCACGAGAUCAAUCCGUUGGCCGAUAUAGAAAAGGCCUUUAUUUGCAUACAUGUGCUCGUCUUCACGAGCCAUUUUCAGUUCUUCUUUUCUUUUCACUUUCUGCGUCUCAGAUGAUCUAUUUCUUUUUUUCAUCAGCUCAGCAAAGGUACGCCGAGUUUUAAUUUCCCCCGGUUUCUAUGAAAUUCGGCGUUGCAAAGAUAUAUAGAUGGUUACCAGGAUUGGUAUGUAUUUAUAUGAUGUUCGUCACCGAUGACAACCCCCCCGGCCCGGCCACAUGAUGGCAUGAAUAAUAUUUUAUUUAUGAG